CUUCUUCACUGUGACUAAUUGUAUCAAACUUCAACCUAGACCCGUCACUGCUGAUGGCUCCACCUGCUAGAUCCUAUCCUCUACAUGGACUCAAACUUUCAAUCACUGUGCUUUUCAUCUUUUUCUUCUCCCUUCUACCUUCCAAAUCUGGUGGGUCAGUGAUGUUGGACACAAGAAAGGGUUUGGAGCAAAGUAAAAUGGUGAUAGGGUCAAAGCCUCCUACUUGUGUGAACAAGUGCAAGAGUUGCAGGCCUUGCAUGGCUACUCUGGUUGUUCCAAACCACCAGAAGAGGAAGAAGGGUUUCAGUUUCAGAGUUUUUUCUCAUGGGGAUGAUGAUACCUAUUAUCUUCUUUCAUGGAAAUGCAAAUGUGGUGAUAAGUUGUUUCAACCAUGAUAAUUCAUCUUCUUCAACCAUUGACUUUUCUGUAUAUGUAACCAGAAA